GGUAUGAAUUUUUAUUUCUAACCGUCUAUGACUGCUUUCUUUCUCAACCCUCCGUCUAUUCACAUCGCACCUGUGAUUUUUCGGUCAUCUAUACCUAGGGAAAUAAAAAAAUACUUGUUAAUUAUGAACCAUCAUCACGACCAAGACUUACGUGUUUCUUAGUGUUCAUUAUAUGUAUUCAUAUGAAGGUACCGGCUUUUCCGGUGCCACCACCAACAAUAACAUUCAGAGACGUUUCGGAUGUUAUCUCGAGACCGUGUAAUCAUGUUACACCUGAGCAACACACUUGCACUACUUUGUCAAACUCUUCUGGCAUCAACAACUCCUCCAAGAGACGCGCGCACCGGCUGGCGCGUCUUGCAAACUCUGUACAUCCACGAGUCGUCACGAGAGCGUCAACGAGAAUUAACCGUGCACGUGUCACAGAGCUGAAGCUCAAGAUGACCGAAAGGAGAGAAGAGGACGAUGAUGAUGCUGAUGUGGUUUGUGCGCCAGAUACUCCAGCGUCCUUCGACUCGAGGACGAUAUCAGAAGACUUAUCUGUUGAUCUAAAAGAAGAAAAUACUCACCAAAAUACUGAAGAUCCCCUUAUUAAAUCGAUUGGUAUCCAAACUCGUAAAUGUGAAGGUCCAUAUAGGCUAAAGGUGCUUCCUUCGUUGAGAGACAUCAUUGAUGAAGAAGAGAAUGAUAGUAAUAAAAGGCCUGCUGCUAAAUUUUGGAAGCACUUAAGGUUUUUAGGAAGGCUUUCUCUAAGUCAAUUUGGUCUGGCAUGGCUUCUCACAUUCUGGACGAUUGCUGGAGCAGCAGCAUUUUAUGCAACAGAAGGCCCUCGGGAACGAGAACAAGUUAUAGAGUUAAAAACAAUGCAAAAAGAUCUCGCAGUAGGUUUAGCAACAGAGCUUCGACAGUUAAAAGCUAGUGAAGAGGAAAUGGAACCUCUUUGGAGCAAUAAAGUUCGACAAUAUGUUGCGAAACACGAGAAACUUUUGUUAGCAGCAGUGAGUUCUGGUUAUGGUGAAGGUGGUGGUGAUAGUGGUCGAUUGUGGACAUUUCCCGGUUGUGUUCUUUUUGCUGUUUCAUUAAUUACUACUUUAGGUUUCGGAGCACCAGUACCUCGCACUACUCCUGGAAGAACUGUGGCUGUAAUUUUUGCUGCAAUUGGAAUUCCAGCCCACUUCCUCCUUGUUUUAAAUCUUGGCCUUUUGCUUGCGGUACGCCUUCAAAGGUUUGCUGCAAAGAAGAGAUAUGGGUCUAAUUAUGAUGUGGAAACCGCAGAAAAUUUACCUGUUCCUAAAUGGGUGAAAGUCACGCCUUUUAUUAUUGGAGUGAGUUAUUAUCUACUUGGUAUCAUAGGAUUUGGAGCAGCAAGGUUACGACCAUUAGCGGCAAGCCUGUUGUUUCCUUUAGACUUCACAGCAGCUGGUGGAUUAGCUACAACUUCAGGUCCUGUUAGAAUAAUUUAUGGUUUGUAUCUUGAAGGUGCAGUCACGAUAGCUGCUAUGGCAGUAGCAGUACUUCAAGUGUCUGCUACGGAAAGUCUUACAAAUAUUGGACUAAAAUACGGCCUGUUAACUGAAGCAUAGUGCAAAGCACGAUCAAUCCUUAUUAUAUUAACGGCAACCUAGUUGACCCUGGAAAAAGCCUAGCACAUAGCGUGACUUUGAUUUUUCGAUAGGACGGUCACGGCUACGGUUUUCCUGCUGUAUAAAUGAGAUAAAGAACAUCAAGGACCAUCACCAAAAAGCGUGAAUAAUCAGAAGACUUGAAUUUAAAAUCUUCUAACAGAAGAAAAUUCAACAAAACGUACUGAGACCCGUUCAAAUAUUGAGCUGUGAUGAACACAGUACUCUUUUUAUUUUUAAAUCUUUUAAUUAAUGAUACUGAAUAAAAUAUUUUUUAUUGUAAAUGUAAUUAUUAAUAUUUAUAAUUUAUUGUGUGUAAAAAGUUGUAUAUGUCUAUUAAAUAAUUAUAUGUAUUAAAGAGAUAUUAUAUACGAAUGUUAUAUUGAAAAUGUGUUGAAAAAGUUUCAUUAAUACGCCAAACAUCAUUGAAUAGUCUAUAGAGUGAUUCAUGUUUUUUAUAUUCACGAACGUUUUAUUUGCAAUGAAAGUUAACAAGAGCUUACUGCGUUCUAUAAUUCAUAAUAUUGAUCGAGAUAGGUCAUGUGUAGAGCAUAAAAGAUACUUGAACUUUACUAAUGGUAACGCAUUUACACUAUUGAAGUAAUAUUUAAAUAAUAUUGUUCAAAA